UGCCAACAGAAUUCACGAUUCAGAGAUAUGAGCGGGGUAGAAGAGUAUGGGGUCGAAUACGAUGCAGAUAGUGGUGCGAUUAUCGGCAAAGUUUGCCAGGCGCUCAAGAUUAAAUGGCACUGGUCCCCCUUGCCGAAGCUGUUUUUAAGAUCCAAUCUUCAUCUUCAAUAUUUCGGAGCUUUCGAUUAACAUACUGAACCCCGAACACUCGACUGCAGACUUUAGUAGAUUUCUCUCCAAAUAAAACUUCAAGAAUGGCCUCUGCUCGUCGCCCUCCACCAGCAUACACGGCUCCUCCCGAUUCCGGGGUCCAUGCGAUCUCUGAAGUCUACAGAUCCAUUUCCGCAACCGCAACGGAUCCUUCCCAACGCAUUCUAGAGUCAUCAUUUACGAUCCGGCCAUGCUCUGGUCAAGCCUGGGUAGUGCCAGCGGGCCACAUUUGUCGUCUCACCACGCCGAAGGGCCCCCAAGUCGGGGACCUGAACAUCUGGAAUGCGAACAACCCUCGGGAGCGACUCUGGGCUGCACGUACCCGUCAAAUCCAUGCCUCCCACGUGUCCGUGGGCGACCGUCUCUGGUCCAACCUGCCGUACCUGCGUCCUCUUGUGUCCAUCACCGGAGACUCCCUCGCCGGCGGCCAGCUGCAUGAAAUUCUGGAUGCAGAUGGUAGUAAGAAGGAAGGGAAAGGCUUCGGGACGACGCAGUUUGGCGGACGCGUGCACGACCUCCUGGGCACUCGCUGCGAUCCCUAUGUCAACCUCGUGAUGGGCGGAGAGAGCUUCGACUUCCACUGCCACUCCAACCUGACCCGCGCAGUGGUGCCAUAUGGCCUGAACGAGCUCGAUGUCCACGACGUGCUCAACGUGUUCCAGGUAACGGGGCUGGAUGAGGAGGGCAAAUACUUUAUGGAGACUUCACCGGCCAAGGCGGGGGAGUACUUUGAGUUCUUCGCGGAGGUGGAUGUUCUUUGUGCGCUUUCGGCGUGUCCUGGAGGUAAGUGAGAUGCUGGUAGGCGCGUAGGUGAGAGAAGUGGACAACUGCUGAUGUGACGAUUAGGUGACUUGUCGGAAUGGGGCUGGGAGGAAAAGGCAGACAUGGGAGCUACCACGCGUCCGCUCGGGGUGGAAGUAUACAAGCUGGCUGACUCGACGGUGCUGGAGGGAUGGAAAGC